UCCUAUAAAUUGCCCCCGUUGCCUCUAAACUUUAUUUCUGGACCUGCAACACGUAUUCAAUACGAAUCAAUCAACGGAUCGCAUGGCCGCUGCAGGAGCUGCCGCAGACGGGCUGUUCCGGUGCGUGUACGAGGGUUGCAUAUCGGGGUCGGAUAUCGGAGUGGAACGGCGCCCGUACCACCGCAACUGCGGGUGUGCCCUACACAACAAGUCACGUAACAAGCAAUGCACCCACGGAGGGCCUAAGAGUAAGAAAGUGUCGUAUCCGCUGAGGCGGGCUUGGAGCGAAGGGAACUUGGCUUUGGUGGCUUCCGCCGGUUCUUCCGUGCACUCCUCGCCGUCUUCCUCGCCGGCUCAGCACAACCACGCGGCCGGGAGGGCACAUCAUCGGCGGAAGUCGCAUCAACAAUUGGAUACCUUGUGUGAUGAGAAUGAGGAGGAUGAGGAGGAGGAUAUUGUUUUCUUCAAGGUUUGAUGUACGUUUGUGAUUUGAUCAUUACAAUAUGUAUACUUACUUUGUUUGAUCAAUUAUUAUGGGAUAAUCAGGUUUUGUAAUUAAAUCUAAUUUUGAGGAUAUUCAGAGAGGUUUG